AUGACUGCUGUCUCUGCGCAAUCCACUCGAUGGACCAAAUACUUCCUAGAUAUCUACGGACAGGCAAAACCGCCCGUUCUGGGCUCUUUCGCGGUGAAAGAGAUAGAAGAUAAGGCUCGGGAGGUGAUGAAAGACCAUCUUCCGGCAUACAUGUACACAUUUGGUAGUGCAGGAACAUGCUCAACAGACGCCGCAAAUAGGCGCGCGUUUGACCGGUGGAAGAUCGUCCCUGCAAUGCUCAAGGACUGCAGUAACCGGAGCGUCGAAACAAAGAUCCUCGGAGAAAAGUUCAACGCGCCUGUGUUCGUCUCGCCCGUAGGUGUACAGGGUAUCUUGCAUGCAGACGGAGAAAUCGCGACUGCAAAGGCUGCCGCCGCCUGCGGGAUCCCUUACAUCAUGAGCUCAGCUUCCUCCCGGUCAAUUGAGGACAUCGCAAAGGCAAACGGACCAAAUGGUCAGCGGUGGUAUCAGCUCUACUGGCCACGCACGGACGAGAUAACCAUAUCCCUUCUCAACCGUGCCAAAGCUGCGGGCUUCACUGCGCUCGUGAUCACGCUCGACACCAUGGUCUUGGGCUGGCGUCCACACGACCUUGAUACUGCCUAUAUACCCUUCCUUUACGGCGUAGGCGUCCAGGUCGGAUUGUCCGACCCUGUGUUCAUGAAACGUUACGGGUACGAACCUGUACACGAGAAAACCGUAUUCCCUUUCAACCCGGAGAAGAUCAGGGACGCGGCGUUGAAAGCAGGUGAUGCGACUGCCCAAAAGGCAAUGAAACUGGGAAAGGAGUGGCUCGGAGAAACCAAUUCAGGUUCUUUCAGGUCCUGGGAUGAUCUGCAGUUUAUCAAGGAUAACUGGGAUGGACCUAUCAUUCUGAAGGGGAUUUUGCGGGCGUCCGAUGCGGAGAAAGCUAUUGAUAUGGGCAUUCAUGGGAUCAUUGUCUCCAAUCACGGUGGACGGCAAAUCGACGGUUCCAUUGGCGCCUUAGAUGCAUUAUCCAAGAUCAUGCGCUCGCCUAAGGUCCUCGAGGCGCAGAAUAGGGGCGACCUGACGGUGCUCUUCGACUCUGGCAUUCGCACAGGCAGUGAUGUCAUCAAGGCCAUGGCUAUUGGCGCACAGGGUGUCCUCAUUGCUCGUCCAUACAUGUAUGGUCUUGCCAUUGCCGGACAGGCAGGAGUCGAGCAGAUUUUGAUGCAAACCGUGUCUGACAUGCACAUUACGAUGGGACUCUGUGGGUACAGCGAUGUCAAUGAUCUCAUUGGGAAGCGAGACGAGCUUCUCGAACGCGUGGAUGAUUAA